AAAUGUUGUAGGGCCUACUUUGGGUUUUUGUUCGCUGUAAGUCCCUGUAGACGUUAGAAAUACGGGUCGCCUAGUGGCAAAAAUCUCUGGAUUUUUAUCUCCCAAGCCUCGACUUUUAUCAAACGAGGCUGACUACUUGUACCUGUAGUAAGUGUCGGUAGUUGACCACACUGGCAGUAGCAUAAAAGCGAAAAUCAUGUCCGACGCAAAGAUUAGUACGCUGCUGAUCGCCAAUCGGUCGGAGUGCGCUCUGCGCAUCGCGCGGACCUGCCGAAAGUUGGGCAUCAAAGCGGUGGGCAUUUACGCAUCGCCCGAUGCACAGAGUCUGCAUCGCGAACAGCUAGAUGAAUGCCAUGAGGUGCCGAGCUACACCGAUGCGGAGGCCAUUCUGGGGGUGGCCAAAAAAGCCGGUGCCGACGCCAUCCACCCGGGGUAUGGGUUUCUGUAUGGAUUGCAAAAAUGUCUGGGUCUGGAAAGAAUGGGAUUUGUGAUGCUACCUGUCGACGAUAGAAAAAUCUGUAUUGCAUGAGCAGCAAAAGCUGCUUGAAUUUUUGCCACCCGGAGAGGGCAUUUCUCAUGCAGAAUAGGCAUUGCCAAGGCUUUGCGAGAACUGUGAUGCUACGGCAUGCAUCACAGGCAUCAUGGGUCAUGUACAAUUGUGCAUGACAAACUCCCCGAAUCUUCCAGACCCAGACAUUUUUGCAUUUGAUAUUCUGUCUGAGAACCCAACUUUCGCGAAACAGGUGCUAAAUAGUGGGCUCCUUUGGGUUGGCCCCGAUGUCCGAUCCAUGGAGACUUUCGGGUUGAAAGAUAAGGCGCGGGAGGUAUUAUCGCUAAGUCGAGUUUUUCAUGAACGUGCAGAAAUAAGUAGUUUAUUCCGGCAUAAAAAUGUUUCCGGGAAAUAAAACAGCACCACCAUCGCUGCAUUUUUCACCAACGGCAGACGAUGACAAACAGACUAAAAAUUGCCACCUGGUCUAAACCUACAACAUUUCAUUCGGUUUUCAAUUUUUCAACUGCUGUUUCUUUGUAAACUCUUCUUGUUCACGCAUUAAUUCUCGCAAAAAUCGUUGACCUUUUAGGCUGCGGUUGCCUGUGGUGUGCCCGUUAGCGAGGGGUCUCCACUGCUGGCCAGCGUGGACGAGGCGUGCGCGUACGCCGAGAAAGUUGGCGGCUAUCCGGUAAUUCUGAAGCCGACGGGCGGCGGUGGCGGUAUCGGAAUGACCGUGGUUCGGUCGGAGAGCGAGAUGCGCCCCGCGUUCGAAGCCGCACAGACGCUGGCGGGGAAGUUUUUCGGCGAGAAGAACCUGCUGCUGGAGAAGUACGUCGAGCAGGGGCGCCACAUUGAAGUGCAAAUUUUUGGGGACGGGAAGGAGAAGGUGGCCCAUUUGGGCGAGCGCGAGUGCUCCGUGCAACGGCGCAACCAGAAGGUGGUGGAGGAAACCCCCAGCCCUAGUCUACCCCAUUCGGUGCGCACGGAACUCCUC